CUUUUGUAGUAGCUUCAGGGUGGUUUUCCGAGAACGCGAAAGAGUCCAACAACAGUAGAAAAGUGUGAGUCGUUUCAGUAGCAAUUCGUGAAAUGUAGUGAGUGGAAUUGCUGGUAAAUUCCUCAAAAAUAGUCCAUACAUGGGCAAGAAUUCACCUAUAUUGGAUAAAACGUUGUUUUCGUGCGUAAAAGUGUGAUUUUCCAUGGAAAAUAUGUCAUCGGUGUGUGACCCAUUUUUGUGUUGUGCUUUCCUGUGUCACAAAAUGCGUUGAGAUUAAUUGCAAAAAAAAGCAAGAAUACCAAGGUCCCCCCAAAGACAGUGCCAGGCUCCGAAGGUGAUAGUUCCACAGGGUCCCUGUGAAGGUGCUAGGUGGACGACAUCCCUGAGAAGAAGCUCCCAUAUUGAUCUAUAAUAUUCUGUAUUUGGAUCUCCCCCCUCCGGGAACAACAAUGGCUCUGUCUUCAAUCUACCGGACUCUGCGUUUGAGACUGCGUCUGAACAACAAUACCCAUGAGGAUGAUUGCACAACUUCUGGGGUCACACUGGACACCAACGAAAAGAGGAUAAUCUUCAUUAAUCGUCCCCAGCCACAGAAAUACUGCAGUAAUCAUAUAUCAACGGCAAAAUAUAGUACCUUCAGCUUUAUACCGUCGUUCCUCUUUGAACAAUUUCGACGGUAUUCAAAUUGUUUUUUCCUAUUUAUUGCAUUACUACAACAAAUUCCUGAUGUGUCACCCACGGGAAGAUAUACAACACUUGUACCUCUAAUUUUUAUACUAAGCGUGAGUGCUAUCAAGGAAAUUGUUGAAGAUGUCAAACGCCACAGGGCCGACGAUGAAAUAAAUCACAGGGAAAUAGAAACAUACAAAAGUGGCCAAUGGAAGUAUAUGAAGUGGCAGCAAUUGAGUGUUGGAGAUAUUGUGAAAGUGUGGAAUAAUAAAUUCUUUCCCGCAGAUCUCAUUCUACUGUCCUCAAGCGAACCUCAAGGGAUGUCAUUUAUUGAGACAUCAAAUUUGGAUGGUGAGACUAAUUUGAAGAUUCGUCAAGGUGUACCGGAGACAGCAAAAUUUCUCGAUACCAAAGAUUUAGCAUAUUUCAAUGCAACACUCGAAUGUGAAUUGCCAAAUAGGCAUUUGUAUGAAUUUAAUGGUGUCCUCAAGGAAAGUGGAAAAACAGCUGUAUCACUGGGUCCUGAUCAAUUACUCCUGCGUGGUGCCAUGCUUCGCAAUACAUCAUGGAUUUUUGGUGUUGUCGUGUAUACUGGACACGAUACGAAACUUAUGAGAAAUUCUACCUCAGCGCCAUUGAAGCGUUCAACAGUAGACAGACUGACAAACACACAGAUUUUGAUGCUUUUUCUUAUUCUAAUAGUUUUAUGUCUUGUUAGUGCUGUUUUUAAUGAAUUUUGGACACGAGAUCACUACAAGAGGGACAAGUAUUUAGGCAUUGAUGAUGUUCUAAGCAAAAACUUUGGAUACAACUUACUAACAUUUAUAAUUUUGUACAAUAAUUUAAUACCCAUCUCCCUGCAAGUAACAUUGGAAUUGGUGAGAUUCUUGCAGGCAAUCUUUAUCAAUUUUGACAUUGAAAUGUACCAUGAGGAAUCCAAUACUCCAGCUAUGGCACGAACGUCGAAUCUGAAUGAGGAAUUGGGCAUGGUGAAGUACAUUUUCUCUGAUAAGACGGGUACAUUAACGAGAAAUGUGAUGGAAUUUAAAAAGUGUUGUGUGGGAAAAUUUGUCUAUGAACGUGUCAACGAGCCUGAACAUUCGGGAUUGGUUCAGAAUUUACUCAAUAACCAUCCAACAGCACCAAUGAUUGCAGAAUUUCUCACACUAUUGGCUGUUUGUCAUACGGUGAUUCCGGAAAAGCGAGAUGAUGGAACUGUGGGAUAUCAUGCUGCAAGUCCUGAUGAGAGGGCACUUGUAUAUGGGGCCAAGUCAUUUGGGUAUGUCUUUGAGACAAGAACACCGACACAUGUGGAAAUCAGUGCUCUGGGAUGGCGAGAGAGUUAUGAGGUGCUUAAUGUGUUGGAAUUUACGUCGACACGGAAGAGGAUGUCGGUGAUUGUGAGGACACCAAAGGGAGAAAUUAAGUUGUACUGCAAAGGAGCGGACACAGUGAUUUAUGAGCGUCUAGCUCAAGAUGAUCAACCAUUCCGAGAGGUGACCCUGAGGCAUCUGGAGGAUUUUGCCACAGAAGGUCUCAGGACACUGUGCUGUGCUGUGGCAACAAUUGACGAAGAAGUGUACAAUGAUUGGAAAGCAACAUACCAUAAAGCCAUAACGUCGAUACAGAAUCGAGAGAAGAAGGUUGAUGAUGCAGCAAAUUUGAUUGAGAUCAAUUUGAAGCUUAUUGGUGCCACAGCCAUUGAGGACAAACUGCAGGAUGGUGUACCUGAAACGAUAGCGAGUCUAUUGAAAGCGGAAAUCAAUAUAUGGGUGUUGACUGGGGACAAACAGGAGACAGCCAUCAACAUUGGAUAUUCUUGCAAAUUACUCAGUCACGCAAUGGAUUUGAUCAUUUUAAAUGAAGAUAGUUUGGAUAAUACAAGAGAAUGCAUAGGACGUCAUAGUGCGGAUUUUGGUGAGCAAUUGCGAAAGGAAAACAACGUAGCACUAAUUAUCGAUGGUCAGACACUAAAAUAUGCCGUAAGUUGCGAUUUACGACGCGAUUUUCUUGACUUGUGCAUUUCCUGUCGUGUCGUUAUUUGCUGUCGUGUGUCACCAAUGCAAAAGGCUGAGGUUGUUGAUUUGGUGGCGUCAAAUACUAACAAUGUGACGCUGGCCAUAGGAGAUGGUGCCAAUGACGUUGCGAUGAUUCAGAAAGCGCACGUUGGUGUCGGUAUUUCGGGUGUUGAGGGACUUCAGGCCGCUUGUGCAUCAGAUUAUUCAAUAGCACAGUUUCGAUACCUCGUGCGUCUGCUUCUGGUUCAUGGUGCAUGGAACUACAGUCGAAUGUGCAAGUUGAUUUUGUACAGCUUCUACAAAAAUGUAUGUCUCUAUGUCAUCGAACUGUGGUUUGCAAUCUAUUCAGGAUGGUCAGGACAAAUCCUGUUUGAACGUUGGACUAUUGGUCUCUACAAUGUUGUCUUCACAGCCCUUCCUCCAUUUGCAAUGGGAAUUUUCGACAAAGUGUGUUCUGCGGAGAUAAUGAUAAAAUAUCCAGCACUGUAUACAUCCCAAAAUGCCCAACUUCUCAAUGUUCGUGUCUUCUGGAUAUGGAUUGGCAAUGCUGUACUCCACUCCAUCUUUUUGUACUGGAUGCCAAUGUUUUCCUACAAUUAUGAAAAUGUCUGGAAGAAUGGGCACAAUGGAGGAUUCCUGGUAUUAGGAAAUAUGGUCUACACGUAUGUUGUGGUUACGGUUUGUUUAAAAGCCGGUCUAAUUUCCAAUUCAUGGACUUGGCUUACUCAUUGUGCUAUAUGGGGAUCAAUUAUUCUGUGGUUCUUCUGUAUGUUUGUCUAUAGCAAUAUUUGGCCGACAAUUCCAGUGGGUGCAGUGUUUGUGGGUAUGGAUAAACUAGUGCUAUCAUCACCGGUAUUCUGGUUCGGGCUGUUUUUGGUCCCCACAACCGCCAUACUCUUGGAUGUUGUUGUCAAAAUCAUUCAAUGUACCUUAUUUAAAUCAGUAUCUGAUGCUAUACGAGAGUCGGAAAUUAAGAAAUAUGAUCCGAGUCAUGUGAUAAAAGAACCACGAACUUCAUUAACAGAAACAGCAAGAUUGCUGAGAAAUGUGAGAAAUGUCUUCAGUCGUCGAUCAAAUACCAGAGUCAACAUGGAAUUGGAGCUUUCUCAUGGAUAUGCAUUUUCACAAGAAGAGGGUGGAUCUGUGACUCAGACGGAUAUUAUCCGGGCCUAUGACACAAAUUUGCCCAAACCGGAGGGAAAUUGAAAUGAGAUUUGCUAAGAGCAACAUGGAUUUUUGGUAUGUUUUUGUCUUAACUACAAGAUUGUUCAAAUGCCAAUAUAGAAUGUUGAUGAGCACUACUCAUUAAGAGAUUCAAUUGUCUUACCAGUGCCACGAUACAAUUUUACAAAUAAUUCACAGUAGAAUAUAUUGCAGAUGAACGAUAUUAUCAAGAGCAUUUUGUUGUUGAAUACCUUUGAGUUUAUGAUGCUUAAAGUGCACGACAAAUCAUAUUGAAAGAAGAAUAUUGUUGAGGAACUGUUUUAAAAUUCCAUUUUGAUUAUCUAACAGUGGAUUUUCAAUAUGAAUUACUAACUGUUUCUUGAUAAAAUAUUAAUUUUCUAGCAAGGUUUAUAAUAUGUAUAAUACCUUGCUUCUAUAAAAUGCCAAAAAAAAAUAUCAUAAGAAAAUCCAAUGAGAUUCAGACCAAGAUAAAGUAAUUCGAGAGGACAUUGAAAUCAGCCUUUAAAUUUACAUAAUAUUUACAUAAAUAAAAACCAAGUGUUUACAUAAUAAAAAAAGAACUCCAUGAUACGUUACUGUCUGUCUAUAUAUUUGGACUCUGGACAAUGAUAGAUCUGAAUAGGUAGAAAAAAAGUUAUGUAAAAAUUGAAUGUUUAAAUAUAAAUUUUAAAUGUUGUGAGGAAAACAAAAAUUACUAUACUUAUAAAAGAUUAAAAUAUAAGUAAAAAAAAUCAGCACGAAUUACUAGUCAAACAAAUUUUCCAAGAAUUAAUUUUUAUUUGAACUCUAUCACUUUUACGAACACAAUCCGUUCAUCAAAAGACAGAGAAAAAAUAAUAAAAAUUUUCAGUGAUUCUUCUGCAAUUAGUUGCAUUAAAAUUAAAUAAAAUUAGACAUUUAGUAAAAAAAAAAAGACAAGAACACUUCUUAGGAGGACUGUGUGUGAUUUUUCGGCAUUGGGAGUCAAGUGCCCUUAAAGAAAAUUUACUCUUUUCCGUCUAUUACACUUUUACGAUUUUAACAAAUUCACGGAAAUUUGUAAUGGAAUUCGAUGCACUUUAAACGAAAAGAAAUCAAAUUUUAUCACUUUAGGAAGAAUGAAAUUAAAUUGAAUUUUAGACAUAAAAGUUUUCUUAGAAGUGUCUAUCUUUAAAUUAGAAAAAAAAGUAUAUUUAUGAAUUUAAGAGUGACCUUUUCGAAUAUUAGUUUUGUUCUAACUAAACAACAAUUAAACAGUUAACGAUUAAGGAACUACUCUUAACAGAAUGAAGAAAAGUCUUAACAAUUGUUCGUAACACAAUCUAUCUUUUAAAGUUUUUACUAAUGAAAGGAGAAAUCAUAACAUUAAAAAAUUACAAAGCGAAAGGUAAUUUUAAAAGACUGUAUCGAAAAUUAAACAGAUAAAACAGAUGAAUUGUUAUAAAAUGUAUUGUGUAAUACGAUUUUUGAUUUCGACUUCCUAAUACUCUAAGCGGUAUUAAUUUUAUUGGGAUCAAAAAAGAAAAGUUCAAAAUUAUUUUAAUAUUUACGUGAGUUAUUUAUUAAUUAACUCCAAAUUGACCUUAUAAUCCUGUUGCCAAGCUACAUGAACAACUUUAACAAACAAAAAAAGGAUCACCGAGAAUUAUUUGAAAAGCUUUAAUAUUUUAAAAAGACAAAAUAAAACCAAUUAAAAUGUCCGAGAAACUUAUCUGGGUAUCCAGGUACGUGAUCCUCAGGGAUGCAAGUUGAUUGAAUAUAAAGGGUUUUCUUAAGAUUAUUGAUUCUCUUAUUAGCCAAUCUUUAGAGCUGCGUGAUUUAUAUAGCAGGGCCAGGUCUUAGUUGGAACGUCCACUCCUUUUUAUAGAAAUGAUUUCAUACCCACGGCUUUGUAGCUCUUUCCAUAACGAUUUUAUGAUAACACGUUGGCAUUCAUUUUGACAACAACAGCUCGAACUAACUCAAGCGGUGGUAAUUUACCUCUGGUGACCAUUCAAAUAUCUAAAUAAAGGAUCGUACUACCUUUUUCUUAGAAAAACCCGAAUUUCUCAACUGGAAAUUGAGCAAUUCAUCUGUUGUCUUCUGGCAUCUCAUCACCCUUAAGGCUGGCGAUGAUGCAUUUUUUUCAACUUCCACCAUAGGGUUUCGCAAGUCUACUAUCGUAUUCUAACGAUAACCACUUACACCUUUCCAGCCAUUGCGCAAUAAUGCUAUCGCAUUGCAAAUUUAAAAAAAAUCGCAAAUGCUUCUAUGCGCCUUUACACAAUAAAUUGAGCGAUCUGAAAGUUAUCGAUAUAUCUAAUUGAUUAAACAACAAUAGACGAAAACAUGUAUAGAAGUGACUGUCGAAAUAUAUUUCAAUGAUUGAUUUGAUGGCUUCGAAAAACAGGUCGAAAAAAAUUUUUUUUAAUACGGUCUUGUAAAAUACUUUAACCCAUUCCUUACCAUGGUAUUAUACAUCAUACGCAAAUUGAUUGAUUUUAGAUGAUUUAUUCCUAGGCAGUUUUCAUCCGAAUUGCUGUCGGGAAUGGAUUUUUAGUAACUUUAGUCCUUCAAUUACUUGGGAAAAAUAGCCCAACAGAGAUGGGAAUACAUUUUGUUGUUCUUUUCUCGAUUCGCGGAAGGUCAUGCAAAAUAUUUGCUUGGUCUCUUUCCACCUUCCUGAUUUGAAUUCUAAUUGCCAAUUUGUUUUCUUGGAUAGUUACUCCAUCUAAAGCAAUAGAGUUUGUAAUAAAAUAAUGCACAGAAUUUAAAUUUUGUGUCCACUAAGACGUGUGUUUGACACCGGCUCCUCGCGCCCCCAUAAUAGAUAUUUUUUUUCUUUUCAAAAAAUUCAUCUAUUAAUCCUAUUAAUCUAUAGGAAACUAAUCCCAAAACAAGAUGGCUAAUUUUCCGGUGAUAAGGUGUCUAAGGACGAAAUGUUCAGCUGCACUACCUCCGAAACAUAUCCAAAAAUGAACGAAAUCGUCAGGGCCAAUUUUUUGCAAAAUUAGAAAAACCUCAUUUUUGCCUAUUUUUGGGUGAUAGGGAACGCAUAAACGGGGAGGGGGGAUAUGAGCAUUCUAUCUCUAGUAUUUCCGGUACAUUGACUGAAUGGGUUAAGUAAGGUAUUAUAGAACCAAAAUUCUUAUAAUCUGCUCAUAACGCUCUUGCUUUUGGCACUGAGACCACCAAAAAUAAAGUGGUGCUCUUUAAAGGGGCUUAAGACCUUCUACGUGACAGGAAAAUGCAGAAAUCGCGAAUUUUUUACAUGAAAAUGAAAAGAUCGCACGAUUUUAAAAUUGCAAAAUUACGCGCUUUUCUAGAUACAGUAAACUCUCUCUCCAUGGUGCAUAUGGGGCAAAAUGUCAUCCAAAUUAUCGAGAGAUUUGGGCAUCAAAAUCAUUGUAAAUUCCGCAAAAAGCACUUAAAUAUAAUGAAUCACGAUGAAACAAGAGGAACUACAGCGAAUUUGAACAAAUUUGCUUUAAAAUCAAACGAGAAAAAUUGUAAACAAAAUUUUGCGCCCGAUUGAAAAAGAACCGAUUGAGUGACAGUCUAAUGUAUUUUUGAUUGAUUUUUUUGCAUAAAAGGGGUUUCAAAGCGAACUCGUGAUUUAGAUGCUAUACCUCAAAAGUACUUUCGCAUCAUUUACCGCUUACCGGUACUCAACCGAUUUAAAUCGAUUCAUAAAUCACUAAAUAGAUUCCACUAAAUAGUUUAAAGAGUAAUAAAAAUUAUAUUCAAACAAAAAUUACUUAUCGGUAAAUAACCGGUUCAUUACCGGUUCACAACCGAUUUCAACCAAUUUAUAAAUCAUUCAAAAUAUUUCCCGUAGGAGUAAAUUAAUUGAAUUUCGUAUAAAAAUUAUUUAUCGGUUAUGAACCGGUUCAUUACCGAUCCAAAACCGAUUGGAACCGGUUUAGUUUGAUAGGAAGUUCCAAGACCUUUCCAAUAAGUCCAAACAUGAUCGCAUUCGCUUGAUAAAUGCGCUCUCUAGUGUAUUUUUAACCAUUGACCUUGAAAAACUAGGAAUGAUUCAAAUGAGGUAUUUUCGUCUAAGGACGAAAUGUCCGCCUGGGUAAUCUCUAAAACAUAUCCAAAAAUAAAUAAAAUCGCACGACGCGUUUUCGAGCAAUCUUAAAAAAACACGGUUUUGGGGGGAUGGAGAAGACAUGAGGAGCACGUUAAUGGCCCCAGGGUCGACUUAUGAGGGGGUCCGCCGAAGAUCCCAAAUCUCUAUCUAUAAUUGUUUUGUCCUCUAGAGCUAGCAACAACCGUACGGACAGACCGAACAGACGGAAAAACAGCGUGAUGUUAAAAAAGAACUCGAAACUUCAGAUUUUCGAUAAUAAAAAAUUACAAUUCUGUAGGGGAAUGUUGGCAUGGUUCGCACAGAGUGAACCUUCAAACAACGCAAAUUUUCUCUUGGUUUGCAAAAAGCUAGUUCGUCAUUUCUUAGCCAUAAAAUAGAUAAUUAUUAAGAUCUUGAGACGAGAUAAGAAAUGGUAAGUCAGCUCUUUGCAAACAAAAAGAAAAUUCGCAUCGUUUGAAGGUUCACUCUGGACGAACCAUGCCAACAUUCCCCUACAAAAUAGAGAAGAAUAUGUAGUUUAAAAAAUAUCGAAUAACUUGUUAAAGUACAGUACAAGAAAUUGUUAUAUUUAUAAAGGUAAAUCUUAUUUCUUGUGCUUAAUUUUAAACAAUUGAUAUACUUAUAAUUUUCUAACAUUCUGUUGGUUAAUUUUCGAUACAGUCUUUACAAUACAAAGUUUAUGGAAUAUUUUCAGGAAAAAAAAAAACACUAUUAUUCCAAUUACCAAUAUCAAUCAAGAAAAUAUCUGUUCCUUGAAAGUAGAUCAUGCAAAAAAAAUAUAAUGUGAUUCUUGUGACACAUCAUGCAAAUGAGAAAAAAAUCCUAUUUUGAAAGUUUUAUCGUAGAACAGAACAGAGAAGAAAUUUUUGAAGAAGAAUAUUUUUUGUGCAAUAUUGGUGAAAUAGAGAGCAACACUGAAUAGGAUGUGGCGUAAUUGUGAAAAUUCCCACCUCCUGUUGCAUGAUCUUAUAGAAAUCUAUAAUAUAUUUUGGUCAUAACAUUUGUAUAAUUUGUGAAAUUAUUCAUAACUCAUUAAUCAAUGAAUGGAUAAUGUUGUAGGAGACAAAAAAAAACAAAAAUGUAUAGUAACUAUUCAUGUUAUCAGUUUAGAUGGCCAAAUAUUGUAACUGUCUCAUUGUGAAAAUAUUAUACAGCAUUUAAAGGAAAUUUCUCAUGGAAGUUUCUGAUUUGUUUUGAAGAAAUGAUUUUUUUAGUUUGUAUUAAAAUCUUGUGAUUUGUUUAUUUUUGGA